ACUUCCAAAAACAUUAAAACUUUGUUACUACUUAAAAUAAUCAAAUGUUGAAGAAAAGAAAAAUAUUUUUCCUGUUGUUAGCGCUGAGUCUUGCCGUCUUAACAAAGACCGCAAAACGACGCUUUAAUGUCGUAAUCAAGAAUACCACCUGUCAAGUAUUCAGUCCAGUGAUGAAGCAAUUCGAUUGCGCCUUUAAAAUGUUGAGCCCCAGUAAUUACCUGAUCGAUACGAGUUUCAUGUAUGCACGCGAAUUGAAUGAAAAUGCAGAAUGGCAAGGCUUGAUUUAUUUCAGCCAUUUAAAAGGCUCCAAGCCCAUAAAAUUUUUGGAUAUCAAGAUGAAUAUCUGCAGUGCCUUAUCAACUGCUAUGACUGUGCCCAUAGUCAAAAUGAUUAUGGAGGAAACAAGAAAGACAAGCAAUUUGCCCUACGAGUGUCCAUUGAAGGCCAAUUUCCUCUACAGCUAUUCCAAUUUCAGUAUGAAUGCAAAAAUUUUACCCGCAUAUGCGCCAUUAAUAAAAUUUAAUUUUUCUCUAAACACUUUUGAUAAUCGAGUGCUGAUUUCGAAAUAUGUGGUGGAAGGAUCUACAGUUCAAAUACCGUAAAAAGCUUGCAAAUGAGUUUUAAACAGGGAAUUUCAAAAAAUAAAUAUAUAUACAAAUCCCAAGAACAAAAUAUCGUUGAAAUAAAUGUUCCCCAAGUAAGUCUGGACCUACGCUAUUAAAUGGUAUGUUUUAUGUAAAGCCUAAGAAUUAAAAUUGGUCUUGUAAUAUUUAAAUUGAAAUCUA